GCUACGCACAGUCGACUAAGGCCUACCUGCAUGAGUUAACCAUCUUGCGACGAAAUGUCAGAAAAGGCACCAGAGUGAAUAAAAACAGUAUAGAAAGGAGAAAAUAGAUAAACAAAAGGCAAACGGAUGAAUUGAGUUGGAUAGUUUUUGAAAGUGUAUUGAAAUUUACAGAGAAAUCGUUAGAAUUUCUAAAAGGAAUUUAUUGCCGCUGAUAGCCAAAUAACUGCUGGAUCCUGAGAGACCUGAAAAAAAGAAAAAUAUUGUAAAAUUAAUAAAGAAACUGUAAAAUGUAAGUAGAACCUGAAAAGAAAAGAAAUGAGAUUAAUUAAAUACAUAAAAUUUCAGUUUCAAGCUGCGAAACAAGAAAAUUGCUGCUUUGAAAAUUAGUUUGUUGUGACGACCCCGAACAAACUUGAAAAUUUUACAAUGGCAGAAUUGACCCUUUCACCCGAAGCUGCCGAAAAGACGGGUUACAAUUGUGCCGCUUGUGAGCGACCGGAUCACGCAGAGAAGGAUAUGGUGUUUUGUGACCAAUGUCAAAACUGGUAUCAUUUUGGAUGUGCCGGUGUAACGAAUGCGGUAAAGGACGAUUCAUCGUGGAUAUGCGGCAAGUGCAUGAAAAAUGCCGCUGGUAGUUCCGUGACGUCAGAGUUGGAGCAAGAAUUGAAAAGGCUCGAGGAAGAAAAAAGAGUCCAACAGCUAGCUAUGGAGAAGGAAAGAGUCCUGCAUAAACGGCGCCUGGAGCUGCAGCAGGAAAUGUUUCUGAUGCGAAAAAAACUGGAACAGGAGAAACGCGAAAUGGAGUUAGCCUUCGAAAAAGAGCAGUUGGAGAAGGAAAUCGCUGAGGAAGAAUCGUUCCAGAAGAAAAGUGAGCAGAUGAGAAAGGAGAUGCACGGUAAAUUGAAUAAGCUUAGACAGCAACGGAGCAAGGAUUUCGAUAGUGGUGUGAAAGAAAAAACGGAAGAAGCUGAAGGUUGUGAAGAUGAUUGCUCGAGUGACAAAGAAAAGCCGAAGCAGUCGGGACUGGAGAAAACAAAGCCAGGAAAAGCAGAAACCGAAAAAAAAAGGUCGGAAAAAGGCAAACCUGGGAAAAUGGAUCUGGUCGAGACUGGCAACGGAGAUUUUCGAGGAGCAUAUCAAAAAUACUCCACUCCAAAAACAUGUUUAGUUCCGUUGGUCACAUCGCCAUCAUUGGAGGAAAUUCCGCCUGUCGACGCGGAAUCCGUAAAAGGUGAUACACAGGAAAAGAUCGAAAGUAAGAAGAACGACGCGGUUUCAAAUGACGUGCGAGAAGCAAAUGAGGACGAUAGUGAAUCCAGCGAAUCAAAUGAGGAUCACGAAUCGGUGACAGUACAAGCUGGUCAAAACAAGCAACAAAGAUGUCGUCGAGGACCUACCAAAGCUCAGCUGUCCGCCAGGCAGUUCCUGUCGAAGAAGUUGCCGGUAUUUUCCGGAAAGUUAGAGGACUGGCCGAUGUUCAUCUGCAGCUACGAAACAUCUAGCGAGGCUUGUGGGUUUUCGAAUGUCGAGAACCUGGCUCGACUACAAGAGUGCUUGAAGGGCCAAGCAUUGGAAGCAGUUCGUAGUAGGCUCCUACUUCCAGACGCAGUUCCACAGAUCAUUGAGACUCUCCGGAUGUUGUACGGUCGCCCGGAGCACCUUCUAAAUAUGCUAUUGGUGAAGGUGAGAAAGGCUCUCCCACCGAGAGCAGAUCGUUUGAUAACGUUCAUCAAUUUCGGGAUGAUUGUCCAGCAGCUUGCAGAUCACCUGGAAGCAACGAAGCUUACUUCUCAUCUUCUGAAUCCCAUGCUGAUUCAGGAGAUUACCGAAAAGUUGCCCGCAAGUACACAACUUGAGUGGGUGCGGUAUAGAAGGAGAGACCGUGUAGUCACGAUUCGAACUUUAGCCAACUUUCUGUCCGAAAUCGUGAAAGACGCCAGCGAGGUGACGUCAUACUGUGAAGCACCUGUAGUUGUAGACCACGCCAAUCGAAAGUCCAGAGGAAAGGAUAAAGAGCACGAAGGUUUCCUCCAUGCCCACUGUGGACAAGAAAACGCCAACAAAACUCAGGCGCCGAGGGUGAGAAAGCCAUGUAUGAUUUGCGACCGUACUGAUCACCGGGUAAGAAAUUGUGUAGCCUUCCGGAACCUCUCCGUACCACAUCGUUUGGAAGCGGUGCGUAAAUGGAAGUUGUGCUCGAUGUGUCUCAAUGAGCAUGGAAAUGCCCGCUGUAAGCUGAAUUUCCGCUGUAAUGUCGGGACCUGUAGAGAGCCUCACCAUCCUUUACUCCACGCGGCAGGCCCGGAAUCGGGAUCGAACUGCAACUUUCAUUCGUUUCAACGCAAGCAAUCGGUGAUUUUUCGAAUGAUUCCGGUCACAUUGCACUGGGGAAAUCAUACAGUGAACACAGUGGCUUUCCUGGACGAGGGGUCGUCCUACACAUUGGUGGAGAAGUCGGUGGCUAGCGCUCUUAGGACGAAUGGUGUAACGCAACCACUUCGUGUGACGUGGACGGCUGGAAUGUCCCGAUUGGAAAGGAACUCGCAGAAAGUAGAACUGUAUAUUUCGGCUCGAGGUUCAAGUCGCCGGUUCCACAUAAAAGCAGCUCAUACCGUGGAUAACUUGAGGCUUCCCCAGUCGACGCUAGCCCUGACGGAAGUAGUCAAGCAGUAUCCCCAUCUUCAAGAUCUAUCCGUGGUGGAUUUCCAACAUACUGUUCCGCAAAUUCUGAUCGGACUGAAAGACGUUCACUUGUGUGCACCGUUAGAAUCACGAAUCGGGAAAGCGGAAGAGCCAAUCGCUGUGCGGUCCAAGCUUGGUUGGACCAUAUUCGGACCUGUAAGCGGUGGUGUUGAGUCGAGCAUCGUUGGUCAUCAUGCGUGCAGCAGUGUUUCGAACGAGGACCUCCACGAUCUGUUGAAGAGCCACUACACGCUAGAAGAGUCUGGCAUUUCGGUUGCGCUGCUACCGGAAAGCGAAGAGGAUAGGAGAGCGAAAGAUAUCCUGACGCAAACGACGGUAAGAGUAGGUGAUCGUUUUGAGACGGGGUUAUUAUGGAGAUAUGAUAGUCCGUGCUUCCCCGACAGCUAUCCUAUGGCUGUGAAAAGGCUCAAGAGUUUAGAGAGACGUUUAUUGAAGGACAAUGAACUGUACGAUAAAGUACGGUGCAUGGUCUCGGAGUACCUAACCAAGGGCUAUGCGCACAAAGCUUCAGAGUUGGAGCUAGCAGACACCAACCAGAGUAAGGUGUGGUAUUUGCCAUUGAACGUGGUUAUUAAUCCGAAGAAACCGGGUAAAGUCCGCCUUGUUUGGGACGCAGCUGCGGCUGUAGCUGGGGUGUCCCUGAAUUCAAAACUCUUGAAGGGUCCCGAUAUGCUGACUGCUCUCCCAGCAGUUAUUUGCAAGUUUCGAGAGAAAAAAGUGGGUUUUGGUGCAGACAUCAAAGAGAUGUAUCAUCAGUUGAAAAUUCGAAAAGAAGAUAAGCAAGCGCAGAGGUUCCUGUUCCGAGAGAAUCCAGCCAGCGCUCCGGAGGUAUUUAUUAUGGACGUUGCUACCUUUGGGGCGACCAGUUCACCUUGCUCCGCCCAGUUUGUGAAGAACAUGAAUGCAAAGGAGUUCGCAGGGCGGUUUCCAGAGGCAGCGAGAGCGAUUCUAGAGAACCAUUACGUCGAUGAUUAUUUCGAUAGCACGGAGACAGUCGAGGAAGCAGUGAAGCUGGCGAAGAAGGUAACGUUUGUUCAUUCAAAGGGCGGCUUCGAGCUUCGAAAUUGGGUCUCUAGUUCAGAGGUGUUCCUGCGAGAAAUGGGGGAGACAAAAGAAAAUCAAUGUGUUCAUUUUAAUCAAGACAAGGAAACAGGGCAAGAAAGGGUCUUGGGAAUAGUGUGGAAUUCAGUAAGCGACGAGUUUACGUUCUCAGCAAGGUUACGUGAAGAUUUGCUGCCGUACCUGAUAGGAGAGAGGCGGCCCACGAAAAGGGGGGUCAUGAGCUGCAUCAUGAGCUUGUUCGAUCCCAUUGGGUUUUUGGCUUCCUUCACUAUUUAUGGAAAAAUGCUUAUUCAAGAUCUUUGGCGCAGUGGAUGUGCCUGGGACCAGCAGAUCAACGACGAGUGUAGCGAGAAAUGGAAUCGUUGGGUCGGUCGGCUUCCAGAAAUCGAAAGAGUGCGGAUCCCUCGUUAUCACUUCACGGGAGGAUUAUCUGUGGACUACAGUACGUUGCAACUACACGUUCUUGUCGAUGCUAGUGAGAAUGCAUAUGGUGCUGUUGCAUAUUUCCGUGUCAUGACUGCUUCUGGUCCUAUUUGUUCGCUUGUGAUGGCACGUUCCAAGGUUGCACCUUUGAAGCAGCUGUCAAUUCCGCGCCUGGAACUACAGGCCGCGGUACUAGGUUCUAGAUUGCUAAAUUCCAUCAUCGAUAACCAUUCCGUAGAGGUGAAACAGCGGUUUAUUUGGACAGAUUCGAGGACAGUACUUUCUUGGAUCCACUCGGAUCAGCGACGCUACAAGCAAUUCGUUGCUUUCCGAAUUGGUGAAAUCCUUAGUCUCACGAAGCUCGAUGAAUGGCGGUGGGUUUCCACUAGAAACAACAUCGCUGACGACCUAACCAAAUGGGAUCGAGGACACAAUCUAAAUUCGAACGGUCCUUGGUUUCGGGGUCCACAUUUCCUGUUCCAUCAGGAAGAUUCCUGGCCAGAACAGAAGCGCGUAACACCGAAUGUGCCUGAAGAGAUACGUGCCCACAUACUGUUCCACGACAUUUCACUGUCAGAACCUGUAAUCGAUCCGUUGCGUUUUUCAAGAUGGAAGGUCUUAGUUCGAACGAUAGCCUGCGUCUACCGGUUUGUUUCGAACUGCAAGCGAAAAAAGGAAGGAUGGGCCAUCGAAGGUGUACCAACGACCGAUGCUCUCAAGAGAAAAAAGCAUAUUUGUGGCGAUUCGCACAAGCGGAAGCAUACGGGGAUGAGGUGA